CGGACCGCCACGCCGUGGCUUUCGUUCGUCUCCACGCCCCUCUCAUUCUCCCACCCACAUCCUCUCCCUCCUCUUCGCCUCUCUCUCUCUGCACGCCUCCACUCCGCGUGGUCUUCCGUUCGGCGGUGGUUAACCUCGCAGAGAGGCAGCAGACGACCGCAGCAGCGCCAGAAGCUAGCCAUGACCGCGGCCGUCGACGGGGAGGCCUGCGCGGUGGUCGCGGCGGCCGCCGACAUCAUCUGCUCUCUCCGUGGCGCGGACCUCGCCGGCUGGACCCCGCCGUGGCGCAAGCACGAGCCCGCCGCCUGCGACGGCGGACAGGAGAAGAGCGGUUGCGGCGGCGGCGGCGGCGACGACGUCGACGAGCGCGACCUGGCCUGGCCGGCGGUGGCGCGCGGGAAGCGCUCGCGGUCGUCCCGGCGCGAGUCCCCGUCGGCCUCGGCCUCCGCCGCCUCCGCGGACGCGAAGAAGGAGGAGAAGAAGAAGAAGAAGGCGAGGCGCGGCGCCCGCGGCAGCCCCGCGUCGCCCAUGGACUACAGCGGCGGGUCUGGGUCCGGGUCCGGUGCGUCCACCAGCGGCGGCGAGGACGGCGCCUUCUGCUCCCAGCCAGAGCCACCACCAGCGUUCCCGCCGGCCGCCACCGCCGCCGUCGCCGCCGUGUGCCAGCAGCUCGCGGCGCCCGCCGCACCCGCGCCUCCGCCCCCCAGCAAGGUGGGUGGCGUCGCCGGACGGCGGACGAUCCUCCCGGUGCCACCACCUCGGCCGGCCGGACAGCGGGCGCGGAAGAAGAUGAGGCUCCCGGAGAUCCAGCAGAUGGUGCGGUCGCUGUCGGUGGAGAACGAUGCCCUCCGCAAGGAGAUGAAGGCGUUGCAGAGGGCAUGCGCGGCGCUGUCCCAAGAAAACGGCAAGCUAGAGACAAGGCUGGAUCAGUCCACUUCCCGAAACAAGGUAAUCUCCGUGGAGAACAAGGGGAAGAAGCCACAAGCUGAGCAUCAGCACACAGCUGAGCAGGAAGCUCCGAACGGUUUCGUUCUCCCUGACCUCAACCUCCCGGCAGACGUCUGAUACAUGGCUGAAUUUGUUGGUGGCCACAAUCUUCAGAUCGAAUUAGCACGCUAACCUGAUAAUUAACUGUACAUAGAGGAAGCUGGGCCAGAAGGGGGUUCUGAAUGAUCACACUUGCCAGAAGGAUACUGAAGGAGAACGGAGAUUAUCUUUGUUUCAUAAGUUGUUGACACUUAGGGUUUAGAGCCGUCUGUAAUCCUCCCGACUGAAUAAUGUUGUUUUAUGUUCAGAGCGGUGGAUCGGUUUUACGUUUACCUGACGUUUUUCUGAUAAGGUUCUUUAGUAGUGCCCCGCGCAUCAGUGUGGAUGCAUGCGCAGUGGGUUAUAUAUGUAUUUUCAGGUAGUUCAAGCUUCGAAAUGAACCCAUGAUGUAGCUUUGUUUCAUCUAAACAUAAUAUAAUAUAGUUAAAACUGCUGAAGCUCUUCUUUUUA